UCAAAAGUUUAAAGCAGUUGUCAAAAAUUACAGGUGCUAAAAAGUGCUAAAGACCAAAACACCACACUUUUAAAUACAUUAAUAAACAAAAAAAUAUUUAAACAAUUAGUGAAAUGGUUCGGCCAUGAAACACAGAAGGGAAACAUUCCAAUAAAUGUGCAUGAGAUCAUUGCUUUUUUUACUUUUACCUACCAUAAAGCUGUGAUACUUUGAAUGUAUUUUAUAUUAAAUAUUCCUUGAUUUAAUGAGUGUAUGGCACAAUGGAUAAUAGUGAUGCCUUGCUAGAUAAUGCUAUAGAAGCAGCCAAGAAAGCUGUGCAGUUUGACCAAGAAGGUGAGCAAAAAAUUGCUGCUUACUAUUAUGAAGCAGCAGCACGGUUUUUGGGACAAUUGGUGGUAUCGAUAGCCACAGAUGAUCCUGAAAAAGCACAAUCACUACAAGAAAAAUCCAACAAGUAUCAAUCGAGGGCAAAUGAAUUAAGAAAUAAUGUACCUCAGGAACAUAGAACGGUUAAUGAAGAUGGGAAUAAAUCUAGGUUAAAAGAAUGCUACUUUUUACUAAACCAAGCCAUGGAAGAAGAUGAAGGGGGAGACAAAGACGAUGCAGUGGAGCUGUAUGCCAAAGCUAUUGAAUAUAUUACCCAAUAUCCUGAUUUAAUGCAGGGGGAAUUAAGAGCUCUUAUUAUGCAAGCCUUGGAAAGGGCUGAAGAAUUAAAAGGAAUAAAAAGGGAAUCUCCAUCUACUUCAAGUACAGAACCAUCCCCUACUAACAAUAAACCAUUUAAUCCUGUCCAGCAAAGACCAGUUGUCACUCCCAAUCCUCGACCAAGACCUGUUAGACAAGUAACGGCAUCUGAUGGCAGUGGAUAUACAGAAGAAGAAAAAAGGGUCCUCUUGCAUACCUCAAAUAUUAAUGGAAGAAAUUAUGUUCCUUUUAUGGAUAUAGAUUUGUCAGAAAGGUUUCAAUAUUCAAUACCUUUCUCAGAUAAACAUGGCCAUUUACAGUUGUCCCCCAAACAAAGAAGGGAUUUUUCCAAGUUUGUAAGGCCAGAGGAAAUAUGUUCAGACCCUUGCAUUGUUUAUGGGUCAGCUCCGAAUUAUUUAAGUAUAAAACAGACUGUGAUAUCUGAUUGUUCGUUUGUGGCCAGUUUGGCAGUUGCUGCUUCUUAUGAAAAAAGGUUUGGGAGAAAACUAGUUACAGCUAUCAUCUACCCCCAAACAAAGGAUAAUAAACCUAUACAUAAUCCGUUUGGAAAGUAUAUGAUCAAACUGCAUAUCAAUGGAAUCCCAAGGAAAGUGAUAAUAGAUGAUAGCUUACCUAUAGAUAGAUAUGGCAGGCUGUUAUGUUCGUAUUCGGCGAAUAAAAAUGAAUUUUGGAUAUCACUUUUAGAGAAAGCUUAUAUGAAGGUUAUGGGAGGAUAUGAUUUUCCAGGAAGCAACAGUAACAUUGACCUUCAUGCUUUAACUGGCUGGAUCCCAGAGAGAGCUGCAAUAAAGAACUGUCCAGACUUUAACAAGGACGCGGUGUUCCAGAAAAUUGAAUCGCGCAUGGCAAAAGGAGACGUUUUGGUGACUGUAGCUACAGGAGAGCUUUCCGAUGCACAAGCUGAAAGAACUGGGCUUGUUGCUACUCAUGCUUAUGCUGUAAUGGAUGUGCAGACUGUUGAUGGGGUGCGAUUAUUUAAGCUCAAAAAUCCCUGGUCCCAUUUGAGAUGGCGAGGAAACUACUCCGAACUGGAUACUAGACGUUGGACACCCGAGUUACAGAGGAGACUCAAUUUUGAUCCGAACAGCGCAGCUCAGUUCGACAACGGUGUAUUUUGGAUAGAUUAUGACAGUCUUUGCAAUUUCUUCGAUGUAUUCUAUAUGAACUGGAACCCAGAACUGUUUAAGCAUACAACCUGUAUUCAUCAAUCUUGGAAUGCUGGAACUGGUCCCGUUAAAGAUCUUUACACCAUCUCAGCAAAUCCUCAAUUUUCGUUGGACGUACAAGGAGACUCACCUGGAGCUGUAUGGCUUCUCCUUUCCAGACACAUUACAGAUAUUGAAGAUUUUAGGGACAACAAGGAGUACAUUACGCUUUUCGUUUAUCAAGGAGGAAGAAAAAUUUAUUAUCCCUUUGAUCCUCCUCCUUACAUUGAUGGAGUUAAAAUCAACAGUCCGCACUAUCUCUGCAAAAUAUUGUUGAGUCCUGGUUCUAGCAGGAAGUUUACAGUUGUUGUUUCCCAAUAUGAGAAGUCUACAACCAUUUAUUAUACUUUAAGAGCGUAUGCGACUUUACCAUUUACGUUGACGAAAAUAGUUGAUCCGUACAAAUAUGAAGAUCAAAUAACUGGUGAAUGGCGAGGAAUCACUGCAGGAGGCUGUCCAAAUCAUCAAGCAACAUAUCCAAAUAAUCCACGAUUUAUAGUAGAUAUUGAUUCAAUUUCAGACAACAACCAAAUUUUAAUUGAACUAAAAGGGCCUAAACAAUACCAGUUGGGAUUUGAAGUAAUGAUACAGCAGGUUAAAAAUGAAUCCACUACUGCACCAUUCAGAGCAAAAUCUUCCGGAUCAUACAGGUCUGGAUACGUCGUUAUGGAUUUACCAGGUAUUCCAGCUGGUACACUGCGUAUAACUCCAACAACAUUUUAUCCAAAUCAAGAAGGUCCUUUCAUCAUUAAUGUGAAGUCAUCUGCACCUUUUAAAAUUAUUAAAUCUUAAAGCUUGUUCAAUGCGAUUUAGUUAAAAGGAAUUAAAAAGAAACACAUUGACGAAAAGAGGAUGAUAUACGAAAUAAUGUAAGUGAGAAUAUUACGCUUACAAAAAUAAAAAAAAAACAGAAAAGUAGUGACUGCUUUCCAGGUAAUGGCAGUACUAAAAAUGCAGUGUGUUUCAGCGGUUUCCUUUCUUUAUGCACCAUUAUAUGGUCAUCUUAAUGAGUUCUCAGCGGAAGCCGAUAGGAAGGUGAAAAAAGCAAGGCCCAUAACUAGAUGGUUGGAUGACGUGGAAGAUGAACACCUGAAAACCAUGAAUAUACGACAGUGGAGAAGAAGGGCACAAGAGAGAUCUGAAUGGAAGGACAUAGCCAAACAGGCAAAGAUCCAUCCAGGGUUAUGAUGCCUGUAUUAUACAGGGUGUUGCAUUGGGAAAUGGAAAUACUUUAAUGGUGAAUAGAGGUCACCGAGCCGGUUCUAGAUAUAGUACAUUUUUUGUCCUACCGACUUUUAUAACCGAGUUACAGGGUGUUUUAUCGAUUUUGCCCAUUACUUUCCUAAGCCAUAACUUUAGAACCACCCUGUAUAUUUUUUUGAUAUUUGGUACACAUAUGUCUCAUUCAAAACCCAAACGACCGACAUACUAACCAUAAGAAAAAUCCAGGUCCGGAUUAACAAAAAAUUAUAAAGUAAUUGUGACCUUAAAACAACACCCUGUAUAUUGAAAUUUUGAAAAUCUGUUUACAUAUUUGAAAAGAGCACAAAAAAGUAAGUUUAAUGGUUCGCUUUAAUUUUUCGGCCAGACAAUUUUAUGACUUUCAUUUUGAAAUUAUAUUGAAUUUUUUAAGAACUUUGACAUUAAAAAGCAGAUAUUAUUAACUUUUAGUUAUACAUUAUUAAAGUUAAUAAAUAAAUACUCAUUUUAAAAAUAAUCAAUACUUAUUUACCACAUUGAAACGACCCAAUUACCAAUGACAAGAAAAAUCCAGGUCCGGAUUAAGAAAAAAAUAUAAAGUAAUUGUGACCUUGAAAAAACACCCUGUAUAUUAAAAUUUUAAAAAUUUGUUUGUGUAUUUUAAAAGAGCAUAAAAAACUGCGUUAAAAGGUGCAUGUCAAAUUUUUGCUCAGAUAAUUUAAUUACGGCAAUUUUGAAAUCAUAUUGAUUAAUUCUGUCAAGGUCACAAGAAGCUAACAGAAAAAUGAAGAACAAUCCCAAUGGACGUAGAAAAUCGAUUCGAAAUAUUUUAAAACGAGCAAGGAAAUGCAUCGAACAAAAUGGCGGACAUUUUGAGCAACUGUUAUAGUUCAUAUAUUUUUAAUUUAUGUUAAAUUGUUGAAUUUUAACGAAUUUUUGUUUUAUCAGAUAUAGCAGUUUUUUAAUUCUUUACUAAAUCAUUAAAAUAUCCCAAUUCUUGCAAUUCUAAUUUUUAAUGAUGUGCAUAUAGCUACAAAUCCAGAGAAUAUAAUAUGAAGCCAGCGUAGUAAAUAAGUAUUAAGUAUUUUUAAAAUAAGUAUUGAUUCAUUAACAAUAAAUUAUUAUUAAAAGUUAACAGUACCUGGUUUUUAAUCUCAGAGUUCUUUAAAACUUAAAUAUAAUUUCAAAUUGAUGUAAUUAAAUCAACGGCAAAAAAAUUAAAAUAAGCCUUUAAUCACAGUUUUUCAUGCUCUUUUAAAAUGCGCUGACAAAUUAUUAAAAUUUCUAUAUACAGGGUGUUGGUUCAAGGUCACAAUUACUUUGUAUUUUUUCUUAAUCCGGACCUGGAUUUUUCUUGUCAUUAGUAAUUGGGUCGUUCCAAUGUGGUAAAUAAGUAUUGAUUAUUUUUAAAAUGAGUAUUUAUUCAUUAACUUUAAUAAUUUAUAACUAAAAGUUAAUAAUAUCUGCUCUUUAAUGUCAAAGUAAAAAAUUCAAUAUAAUAUCAAAAUGAAAGUCACAAAAUUGUCUGGCCGAAAAAUUGAAGAGAACCAUUAAACUUACUUUUUUGUGCUCUUUUUAAAUAUGCAAACAGAUUUUCAAAAUUUCAAUAUACAGGGUGUUGUUUAAAGGUCACAAUUACUUUAUAAUUUUUUGUUAAUCCGGACCUGGAUUUUUCUUAUGGUUAGUAUGUCGGUCCUUUGGGUUUUGAAUGAGACAUAUGUGUACCAAAUAUCAAAAAAUAUACAGGGUGGUUCUAAAGUUAUGGCUUAGGAAAGAAAUGGGCGAAAUCGAUAAAACACCCUGUAACUUGGUUUAAAAGUCGGUAGGGCAAAAAAUGUAGUAUAUCUAGAACCGGCUCGGUGACCUCUAUUCACCAUUAAAGUAUUUCCGUUUCCCAAUGAAACACCCUGUAUAUAAUUCUUGUACCACGUGGUUAUCAUAACGUGGCAAUUUUAGUUGAAUUUGGUAUUGGAUAAACUUGCUUUUCGUCAAUGUGUUAAAUAAAAAUAUGUAUAAAUUGCUUUAAAUACAAGAGUAGCUUUAUUUACACUGCUAAUGUCAGUUUGUUGAUUUUUAUGAGUCUAUUAGUAUACGAGUACUGUUUUUAUAUAUUUCAAAUGCUAUUUUCUUAUUGUAAAAAAAUAUUAAUCUCUUUGAAUCUUGUGGAGAUUUAUUAAAAUUUUAUAUGUAUA